GCGCGCGCAAGGGAACUUGGUAGGAUUCUCAUGAACAAGAGUUCCGGUGAUCGGCGUGAUCACCCUUCCGGUGGUAAUUGGAGACCAAGAGCCGCGAGUUUCAAAACAGGUCGAGUUUACCAUUGUCGACUGCAAGUCUCCUCACAACGGCAUCUUCGGCCGACCGUUCCUCGCCAAGUUCAUGGCUCUCGCAUCAACAUGCCAUCAGAAACUCAAAUUCCCUACCAAGGCAGGAAUAGGAAAAGUUUGCGGGACGCCAUGGGGAGUGCCAAAAGGUGAGGGAGAGGUCCGCCAGACCAACAUCGUCGACACAAGGGCAGAGGACUCGCGCCCAGAAUCCAUGGACUCUAAUUUCGAAGUCGCGCUCGAUCCCACCAAACCAGAAAAGAAGGUCUGCAUCUCAAUGCACGUCCACAGUGACGUGAUCGAAUCGCUAAUCGCGCUCCUAAAAGAAUACAAGGAGUUGUUCGCCUGGUGCACUGAAGACAUGCCAAGGGUACCAAGGCAAGUAGCACAACAUUGCCUUGCAGUUCCCGCAAACGCGGAACCAAGGCAACAAGCACGAUGAAGCUUCACGGGCGACAAACUGAAAGCCAUAGAAGAAGAAGUCGCGCGCCUACUCACCGCGGGGCUGAUCCGCGAAGUGAAAUACCCGAAGUGGUUGGCCAACGUGGUCCUAGUGAAAAAAAAAAUCCUCCGGGG